GCGCGCUGAUCAGCCGGGCAGGGUCGCCUGUGCCGCUUGGGCGUCGGAUUGCCGCGCGCGGGGGGCCGACCGAGGUAGAGCCUACCUUGCGGCAGUUUUCUUUUUGGGCCCUGCAACGGGAACGGCUUUGUGCCGUGCUUCCGCAAAUGAUUCAAGGAGGCGCGUGGGGUCGACGUCAUUUUCGUAUGCCGUUAUGUAUUGCUGGUUUUGGCAAAGAAAUGGCUAUGGCCUCGGUAUCCAUGCCUCGGGCUGCCAACCUCGGCAUGCGCCGCCUUGAGGUUUCCCUGGUGGUUCUAGCCGAAGAAGGGGGCGGGCGGAACGUCCUUCGCGUUUGAGAUCGCAGUGCAGCAUUGCUGGCGUUGCAUGAGGAGGGCCUUCCUUGCUUUUCGAGAGUGGUGUAUCGUGGCUAUCAUGCUUCUCUCGUUGGCGCAUGUUGAGUUGUUCUGGCACGAGUGUCAAGCCAGAUUCUCCCGCAUCGACGGAGGACCGCGAGUGCGGGCUGCAAACCGCGAAUGCCUGCACCGUGUGGUGUCGAGUGACAAUAGGAAUAGGAGUAGCUGCUGCUUUGAGAAUUUAUGUAACAAGUCAGUGGGAUCGUCGCGUCUUUCGAUGCCGCGAUUGAUCUCCAUACUCAAAUUCAUUUUCAAUGACUACCGUGUGGUAGGUGGUCGUCGUGUUGUAGUAUCUUUCUCCGCUCCGUGGACGUGGUUGUCGUCCGUCUUGAUGAAGAUGGUCUAUUUGUUGUGUCGGUCUCGGUUCAUUGCCUCAACAUUUUUGGUUGUGGCUUCAGUAACAUGUGCGCGGGACGACAAGGGCUUCGUGGUACCGGCUUCAGAAAUUUCGCCAGAAAACUUCUCCGGUCAACAUUUGCGCCGCAGCACACAAGAUGAUGGCGGUCCGAAUGAAGCAUUUAGCUCAACAAGCCACCAGCACGGCAGCAAAGUUGUAGCUCUCUCUCCGUCCGCAGAAGUGGAUGAACGACACAUCCGGCAUACCGAUGUUCCUGACGAUUCGCAGUUAUUGGCGCUUCCACGACGUCGAGAUAAUCGCCUAGAUGUUGGGCAAGCACAGCAUAGACCACCAACAGGAAUAUCCAGCUCACUCGCAGUUGCGUCCACCUCUGAAAAAUUCACACAAACCCCCCCAGUAAAGCUAUUACGCGGCGCAGCACCAGGACCAGCGGAUAAUGACAAAGUGCACACCCAACGAAGUCACCAGAUGCGCGGAAUCAUCAGCGGCAUACAUCGCGAAGGCAUGCAAGAAUCGCAGAAAGGCCGUCCGCAGGCUCCUGGCGCAGGUCAUUCUCAAUCAUUUGUUGAAGAAGAACCUGUGGGGCUAGAGCAGCGACGAGCCCAAAACCGAACAAGUCUGUCGCAAUUGUCAGACACUUCCUCAUCUUGGUCCUCCGGCUUUGCCUUGCCUCUCUUGGUAAUCGGCGGCACAGUGACAAGUUGCUUUUGCGUCGGCUACUACUACAUGCGAUGUCCCAAAGAUACUGCGAUGACGGACGACGAGGAGGAGCACGAGGUGAUAGUGGACGGGGAAUUUGUCGACAAGGCUCAGAAGAGUAGAGCUCGUGCUUGAUUGUUCCAACGGAGAAAUAACAGUGAGAUUGCUGUUGACGCUGAACAAGUACAGCCGCUGUUCCAAUUUCCGUGUUGAUUGUUGUCCAACGUUUCUCCAGUUGUUUCGGUUUCAAUAAUGAUAGGGCUGCUUUGCUAUUGCGGGUGCAUUAUAAUCAAUC